AACGAGGAACGGACCGCGACUCGCCUCGCCUCAGCGUACCUAAUUGUGGUUAAUUUAUCGAGGGUCAAAUGCGCUCGAGUUAGUUUGUCGCUGCUGCUUCACCGCGAGUCGAACAGCGCAGACGACGCGACGCUACGCAGCCCUCGGGGGUCGGAACGAUUUGUUUUUACACUUACUGAUCGUGCGCGAGUUCAGAGGUGAAAGUAAUAAUUCUGACUGCAAGGGGGGGAUCAUUCUCGUUGAAUAGCCCGAUGACCAACCGGAAACUGACUUAUCCUUUUUUUCUACCACGGUACAUUUACUCAUUGCCUAUCACGUGCGAAACUUCACGGUGCUCUUGUAUCAACGUAUCUAUUAUACGCGCGUUUUAGGGAUAUAUGGAACGAGUGUACGCGGGUCAAAAUUGUUCCAAAGAAAAAUGUGAAGGAAUAAAGGUUUUAAAAACGUUACAAUUAAAAAGGAGGAGCAAAUAAUUCCUGUUGCUACUCGACGUCUGUUUUAUUGUUUAUAUAUAUACUUAUAACACACACAUGUGUAUAAAAUAGUGAUGUGCGCAAUACCGGAUUCCAGCACAUUAGCCCACUCGAGAUAGGUCUAAAAAUCGGGCCACCUGGAAACAAUUAGGGUGAAAUCUUAUUUAGACUGGAUUACAUGUUUGAAGGAGGGGCUGCGCUGCUACUCUUUCAAUCCUGCGAUGCUAAAUUUACGGUGAUGUACAAACAAAGCACCGCCGCCUCCGCCGCCGCUGCCAUCACCGACGAAUCGACGAGCAAUCAGCGACGCUUUUCCUGCUACGCAGACCUUAUCAUACACCGCAGAUGCCGAUUGAGUUAUAGCGCAUACUUACUUACGUAGGUUUGGAAUACGCUAUAUUGAUGAUACGCAUCACGCGUGGAUGUAGAGAAGACGGAUGUGUGCCAUUAGUCGGCAAAUGCGAUUCUGAACGGUGCGUGUCGGGAAAAUAUUAGAGAGAGAGAAGAAGGAGAAGAAGUGUGAAAUCAGCUUAGCUCACUUUGCGAAUAUGUUCAAGCUUGCUGGAAAACAGGAGUGGGAAGCAUGGGCGAAAGAUAUAAGACUGCAGCUGAACGAGCAGCUGAGAUGUCUCGACGUUCGAAUGGAGGCCCAGGUCGCCCUGGUUGCCGAACUCCAGGACUUUUUUCGACGGAGAGCCGAGCUCGAACUCGACUACAGCAAAUCCCUCGACAAAAUGGCUCGAGCUAUUCAGCUGAAACACAAAGAACAGAAGCAGAAAAGAGAACAGUGGCCUCUGUUCUCCAGCUUCGCCUGCUGGCAACAGCUAGUCAACGAGACAAAGUCUCUGAGCAGAGAUCACGCUGCUCUUUCGGAAGUUUACAGCACCCAUCUCGUCGGGAGGCUGAACCAGGUCAUGGAGGACGUUCAGCGCAUCAAUCGCCGCUGUCGCGACAUCGGGUACGAGACCCACGAAGAGAUUCUCCGGGUUCUCCACGAACUUCACACAACGAUGAAGACCUAUCAGGCCUACCAGGCGGAGUCCAGGCAAGCCGAGACGAAAUUACGGGUCGCUGAACAGCAGAGGACUAAACUCGAGGUCGCCAUUGCGCCGCCGGAAAAACUUGCCCGCAGCAAGAAGUACAAGCUGAUCGAAAAGGAAGUUAACAAGAGAAAGGCCAAGCAUACCGAAUCCAAACUGAAAGCUCUGAAGGCGCGGAACGAAUACAUCCUUUGCCUCGAGGCCUCGAAUACGACGAUACACAAGUAUUUCGUCGAUGACUUGUCCGAUCUCAUUGACUGCAUGGAUUUUGGCUUCCACAAUUGUGUUGCAAGAGCUCUUCUAAUGCACUGCAGUGCAGAGGAGGGUAGGCAAAGGUCACUGCAGCAGGGUGCUGAACAGUUGGCUGCAUGUGUUGGGUCGCUUGAUUCGAGGGCAGACAAACAACGGUUUCUCGAAUCCCAUCACGUGGCUUUCAUGAUUCCAAAGAAGUUUGAAUUCCAGGGUCAACGUGGCGAUGAGGUGCCUGAGCCGGAACUGCAGAAAGUUCUUCACACGGAGAUGGAGCAGAGGCUCACGCAAUUGCAGCAGCGCGUUACAUCACUGCGCACAGAGUCUGAAGAAGUUUGGAAAACUCUUGAGACCGCAGAGGCCAGUCUGCUCGAGAUGCUCACUGCAAAAGACUACGAUUGCUCCAGGUACUUUGGUGAAAACGCUGUCCCAACUUCCAGGCCACCUGAGACUCUUCAAAUAAAACUCAGAGCCGACAGACAGGAGACUGAGGAGUUUUACCUAACGAAAUUCCGCGAAUACCUUCUGGGAACCUCGAGGAUAGCACGACUUGAUGCAAAGCAGGAAUACAUUCGCCAAACACUGCUCGACGGAUCAGCAUCCAGUCCAAAUCCGUCAAUAACGGCGAAUAAGCAAAAGCAAGCUAGACGAAAGCGAAUCGGUCGCUUGCAGAUGAACGGUCAGCCAAAAUUGUUUGGUGGUUCACUAGAAGAAUACUUGGAGAGCACAAACCAGGAGAUACCGUUAAUUGUGAAAAGUUGUGUCAGGGUGAUAAACCUUUUUGGACUCCAUCAUCAGGGUAUAUUCAGGGUGUCAGGAUCACAGGUGGAGAUAAACAACUUCAGGGAAUGUUUCGAGAGAGGCGAGGAUCCCCUUGCAGACGUAACUGACGCGUCGGACAUCAACAGUGUUGCUGGGGUUCUUAAACUUUAUCUUAGGGAGCUCAGAGAACCGCUUUUUCCUAUCAUCUACUUUGAGCAUCUGAUGGAACUUGCCCAGCUUGAAUCCAAGCAGGAAUUUGUACUGAAGAUGAAAGAGCUCAUCUCCAGCUUACCUCGACCUGUUGUCAUUGUAAUGCGAUAUCUCUUUGCAUUUCUCAAUCACCUCUCAGAAUUCUCUGAUGAGAAUAUGAUGGACCCUUAUAACUUGGCAAUUUGCUUCGGACCAACGUUGGUCCCAGUGCCUGAAGACAAGGAUCAGGUCCAGUACCAGAAUCAAGUAAACGAUCUAAUAAAGAACAUCAUAACAUUCUGCGAAGAAAUAUUCCCUGAUGACAUUGGAGGAAUUCAGUAUGAGAAGUACAUCAGCAGAGAGCCCGAUGAUGUGGAAGUAGGCGACUCGCCAACAGACCAGGUUCAGGAAGAUAUGGAUUCUGAAGUGUAUCCGUCGGAAGAUGAAUCAGAAAAUCUGGAAGCCACCGCGCAGUUUGACUUUAACGCUCGGUCUGCAAGGGAAUUGAGUUUCAAAAAGGGUGACACACUGACGCUGUAUGCACAGGUUAGCAAUGACUGGUGGCGUGGCGCUCUGGCAGGUCGUGAAGGACUAAUACCUGACAAAUACGUAAUGCUCAAGAUAAAGGAUGAGGACAAGGACCGGGAUAAGGAACUCCUCAAGUCUUCCAGCGAAGAAUCGAUGCGAAGACGAGCAUCCAGCUCUGCAGACAGUGCACUUUCCAGUGGAAAUUCACCACUUUUAGGCUCUAGCUCAACUGGAAUAGGAUCAAUAUGCACAGCCAACACCAAUGGCACCAAUACUCAGCAGCAGCUGCUGCAGCAACAGGAAGCAAACGCUCUGGUACCAGGAAUUGCUGUUUGUGUGACGAGCUCGCAACCCAUCAUUAGCCGAGAGGACUCAGAGACACCUACGAAGUCCAUUUUGGAGCCAAGGACCAAUGACGAUGUAGACUGUAUUUCGCUGCCUUCUGACCACUCGAUAGAGCUCAUUCGACUCACGCCAUCAGAGAUCUACAACCCAGAAGAUCAGUCUGAUCCUGUAACGGUAAUAGGAGACGAUUCCCAGAAUCAACAGCUGCAAAAUCACAACCCCCAUCUCAGAUCAGGACACCGUCACCACACACCUGCCGAUGAAUUGGAAGUGGCAAAACGCGGGGGAGCAAGAAGGCAGCACUGGAAGUCACAGAGUAUGAGUGGUGAUGUGACAAGUCCCGGUCAGUUGCCACUGCAGGCGAACGUCACAGACGACGAAGACCAGGAUGAAGACAGGGAGAGGACCACCUUCUCUGCGAAUCGUGAACUCUGGCAGAGACGUGCAACUUCCCAAACCCAUCUUAGUUCUGGCCUUCCAAUUUCAGGCAUCAAGUCCUUCCGGUCCUCCCAGCAAGAGUUCCGUGAAAUGAGACAGAAACACACACCGGAUCUCGUAAUGGACCUUCCACUAUCGGCUCAGGACGCUGACAACAAAUCUGCGUCUUCCAGCAGCCUGAGUAGUUCAGACGACGAAACAGCGCCCCGUGUUCUUACCCCUCCUCCUCAAACCUCACGUACAGAAGCUGCAACUUCCCCGAAUGGAGGCCCUGAGUCGCCGGACAUGAGUACAGCUGCAGAGAGAUUCGCCAAACAGAACCAGUGUACGUUGAAAAAAAACACUAAAAGCAGUGCCGCAACAUCUGCAUCUGAAUUGGGAAGCACGAAGCCUAAGGAUCGAGAGACUGAGGAUUGUGUAAACUCUGGGGGACAGGACCCGGCAGAGAAUCAGGGAAUCGUUAGGUCGGCUAGUUCGACUCAAGUCGCUGUGGGAGACGUUCCAACGCCACUUCGCUCCCCGUUGCCACCACGAUCGACUCCAAUAAUCGCAGCCAAAUUUGCUGAAAUGCAUCUAACAGGAGGAAGUCAGGUGUCGUCGUUCAAACCACAAGUUAAAGUGAAACCGACAAUACUGAGGAAGCCGGUAUUACCAUUUCCUCAUCCUCAUAUGAGCCCGGAACUUGCUAGAAAGAUUGAAAAGCAGGCACAAAACACCGAACAGGCUAAUUGAUUUAUACAAGUCGUUACGGCCUGGGUUGUCCGCUUCCGUCCGCGAUCCCGUCUUCCCGUACCCAAAUUUUACAUUUUUUUUUCUUUCUUGAUUUUUGUCGUCCUUGAUUCCUGUUUGAAACCUUUUAAGAACUAAUACUUAUAGUUAGGUAUUUUACUCUCCCUCCGUUGAACGUAUUAUUUUUUACCAAAUGACUCGCUGUUAGACGUUCUAGUCAUUAAACUCGAGUAGAAAAAGGAGUGAAAGAUAGAAGCGCGAACGGUAUACCGUACGUUGAGGAUGCAUCGAAGUACAUUGUACAAUAAAUAUUUAGAAUUAAUAACGAGUUACGAUAAUUACAGUAGGUUUUAGUACUGUUAUAUUAUUAUGCAUAAUAUGCGAACUUAUAUUAAUAUGUAGUAACGUUAUUAAUACGUUAUUGAAACGAAUUUGCAUUUCAGAUGUAAGAUUUAUUUUAUCGCAAAUUCGUUAAAUUACUUUUAGUAUACGCUGAGUGGUUAAUAAUUGGCUGGCAUUGUAAUGAAGGGCAAUAGUUUAUACUAUUCAAGUAGAUGCUGCGGUACUUGUAAUCAACAGAAAAACUCACGUGGCAUAAAUUUUUCAAUUAUAAUUAUUCCCAGACGAAAUUCUUCAAGGUGACUAUCUAUACGAACUAUUUUUCUAAAGAACCAGUGCAUCAAAUUCUGAUAUAUUCAGAUAAAAAACACUAUUAUAAUUUGUCAUGUGAAGUUCCAAAUUAUUGCGCCCGUCAAUACCAAGUUGGCCAAUUAGUAUAGGAUCAUGAAAAAUUUUCAAGUAAAUCGUCUUCAAGUCGAGAAGAGAAAAAUAAUACCUACGUCAGAUGUGUAAAUUACAAAAUUGACUCGAGUUUUUUAUUCUAGUUAUGCACAACUACGGGAGAAUUUUUGACACCUCCUAAAAUGUGCUAUGAAAUCUAUGGAUAUUAUUAUAUCAUAUUCUCAGUUGAGACGCGUUUGAUGUUCCUUAAUUUCUUGGAUAGAGGAGUAGAUAAUUACCCUCGCGUUCGUAUUUUAACAAUAAGUAAAAAGUUUUAUCAAUGUCGUGAUAAGAUCUCAAUCGAUACAGGGACACAAAAAACGGAUCAAGAGUCUUCACGGCUCCAUUUGGUGGUAAAUCAUAGAGUCUCGUUAAACUACCACAUGACGGUCACAAAUUACUUAAUCUUUCUUACCUUGGAUGAAAAAAAAAGAAUUGAAACAAUUUUACUCAAAUUUUUGCGCACUGCUGCAAUUACCGUAAUAAAAUUUUCCGCUUUAAUUGUACAAUUUUAUUAAAAAUUGAAAUUGUAUGUAUAUUUUGUAUAUUUUAUAAAUGAGAGAUUGAAAUUCAAAUUCAGUACUCAACAUUUCUAUUCCGUACGGAAAAUGCCACGUGUGACUGUGAUGCGGCGUUUUACUGAAAUUCUGUGUAAUAAGUCAGCCUCUAGGCUAAAAACAAUAAGGAUAAAGAGAUUAAGCGUAUCACGCACAAAUAUUAUACUUACAAUUAGUAUAAUAGUCCCUAGGAAUAAUACGUGCUAGAUAGAAGUAGAUAAGUAUUUGUAUACGUAAUUGCUGCAAUGUUCGAUGCGGAGUAAUACGUUCGAUAUGUGGAAAUGUAGCAUUGAAAAAUUCGACGAUUAUAAUGCCGGUUAUAGUCUAGGGCGAAAUUACAGUGAAAUGUCAGAGCACUCAUUUAAUUCGUCCCUGUGAUAACGUAAUACAUAGACAGUCACGUCAUCGAAAUAUAAUAUAUACUAUAAUUUGCUGAUCUAGAGUUUCAAAAUUGCAAUAACAUUUUUCUGCCUACGAAAAUGUAUACUCAUAAAUUUUACUAAAAAUUCUUCAGACAUUUAUUAUGCUUCUCGAGUACUAAGAAUGCCACACAAUAUACUCCGUAUACCGUACACUAUAAACUAUUAGUUAAUUGUAUAACAAUAGUGGGCGUCGCGAUAUUGGCGUACUGUCAUUAAACGAAUCAUUAUUAUUAUAUUGUCUUACAACAGCUACAUUAUACUAUAAUCAUACCGCCCUCUGAUAAACAACGUAAUAACAAUAAUAAUCCUUAAUAACACAAAUCACAGUACCUAUACUCGUAUCGUAUACAGCGUAAUCGCCUACACUUGUAAGUAUAUUCACGAAAAGUGUAUUAGUUAAUUCAUUGACUAAUUAAUUACUCAAUAAUUAUUGAUUAUUCGGUCAAGCAAUUGAAUAAGGUUCAACUAAUUACUAGUUGUGUCUAAAUUAACAAUAGCUACGUUAAUAAUUAAUGAUAAUUAUAACUUGCAUACGAAAAUACGUUACAUGUAUUAUUAUUAAUACUAUUACAGUUUUUAAAUUGAAUAAUUAUUAUUAAUUGUAUAAAUAUUGUCGUGGGUGCAAGAACUGAUGACCAAUCCUGGUUGAAAACAUACCAAAGUCAGACCCGCUCAUUCUCACUCAUUCACAGCCCUUAUACCCUUCCUACUUUUCAUCCCUUCGUCAAGAUCAUUACCAAAACCAAUAAAGACUCGAUGUGUUAUAGGCUGGUUUAUCGGUUCUGCGAAAAGUCUUUAUAAUAUUCAUAUUUUAAUAAUUCAUACAUUUUGAUUAAUAAUUAUCGUCUCUGUAUAGUCAUUUUUCUACACACCUUGAAUUGUUUUAAUUGUGAUUAAAACUACAUACGCAUAUAAUAUAAACCGCAUUGAUUUUAAGUAAAUUAAUUUUAUCAUCAUGAUCCAGUUACUAUAAUUAUUAUACAUCGUGUUGAUGAUUUUAAGAAAGUGAGAAAACCUAAUCUAUAUUUAUAUAUGUUAUUAUGCACCAUAUUCGUACAUACUUGUAUCCCUACGAUUAUCAUAAGCCUCGUCAACUAUAGUUAUAAUAAUAACAACAAUACUAUGGAUAGUGGUAAUAACAAAGCCAGAAAUAAUUAUAAUAAACAAACGUACGCAGACUGUAUGGAUUACUCAACCAGA